UUUACUUUUAAUUCCGAUUAAAUGCCAAGAUAACCAAUCAGAGAAGCUAUCUUUUCAGAAUACCCAUCUCUGAUUGGUUUUCGUAGAAUUUAAUCAUGAUUGAAAUCUAUAAGGCUUUUAUGCAACUGGGCCUUACAGAUUAAAUUUGAUGAGGAACUAAUGAUGACCUCUACAACUUGUCCAUACAAGUUGGGUAUUUGAAAACAGCUGUUAGUUUCACAAUAUAAAAAACUAGAUUGCAUCUCCGCUAUCAAAUAAGCACCUGUUAGCUCUCAAACUCAGCCUAGUACCGAUUAAUCUGGAUGUAUUUUGUUUUCUCGUAAAGAGAAGAGCUGAAUUUGUUCCAAUAGAAAUUUCCUGCCAAAAUGACAAAGUCAUCAUCUCAAAAAAAGAAAAAAUUGAAAACAACGCCAAGUGAUCCACUGCAAGAAACUCACUUUGAACCAGUAAAAAUUGAGAUAGAAAAUUCACAUAAUCUUUUAAUUUUGCUCAAGUGUGAAGAUUAUAAAGUGCAGGUUCAAGCACUGUAUCAUCUACGGAAAUAUUUGAGUAAAGCCAACAGCGUAACUGUUGAGUUGAUGAUCAAAAAAGAUAUUUUGGCAAGCUUGCUCCCGCUACUCAAAAAUAAAGACCUUUGCAUUAGAAAACUCAGUUAUGCAAUCCUAAGCAAUUUAAUUGACCAUUCUUCUGUGAGAUUUACUCUUCAAGAUGCAAGUUGGACGGAAACGUUUUUGGAGGCAUUUUUCAAUAGGGAUGAUCCUAUAAUUCUGGAGAAUGUAUUGAAAAUAUUUUCUUUGAUUACUGAGGAUAGCAUAGGAAAAUCUUUUAUUGCAGGACAAAUACCCUUGGAAAAAAUUUCUGCAUGUCUUGAUAUUGAUGAUCCAGACAUCAAGAAGCAUACUUUGAAGACAAUUUUGAAUUAUCUAGAAGAUGAAACCAUCAAAUGUGAGGGCAUCAAAUUGGAAACUUUAGUGAAGUUGAUUGAUAGCGAAUAUCCUGUCAUUCAACAACUCACUUUGGAUGUUUUGACUAGUAUGAUGAAGCGGCACGAUGGAAUAGAAACUCAAUUGAAAUUCAAACAUUUGGGUGGUUUCAACAAGCUUAUGAAUUAUCUAGAGAAACCCGAGUAUGAAGAUAUCCACCCAAGAAUUAUGGAAAUUUUCGGGAGUGUAACAGAUAAUGAAAAAAUUGAAAUAAUGGAAGCUAAUACCUUGAGGAAAUUGCUUCUUCUCUCCAGGAAAAUACUGAAUGUCGAUAAAUUGGAGAAAUUAUGGAAUACAAUCAUUAGAUUGGCACAUUCGAAAAGAAAUAAUCAAAUUCUUAUGGAUUACAAUUUAAUGGAAACAAUAAAAUCUUUCCUACACUCUUCUAAUGAGAGGUUGAUUAUUGUGGCAUGUAAGGCUAUCUCUCAAUUGCUCAAAGAUCUCGAUCAAAUUGAAAACGUCUUCGAGCACAUAUCAAUCGAUUCACUCACUGGAUUGAUGGAACAGAACAUCGCAGGAAGAACUAAAGAGGCAGUUAUGUCAGCUCUGCUCAGUUUUCUGAAGUUUCAUACAAUCGAUGAAAAGGAUACUGUUGAAAUGGAUAAGUUUAGAUUCAUACUGAAUAUUUUGGCUUCAUCUGGCACGAAUAUGGAAGUUUCUGUGGAACUAAUGAGAGAAAUAAUAACAUGCUUGACAAUUCUUGUUCAGAACUCAUUCUACAGAGACAGGCUCGACCCAAAAGAAUACAUCGAUCAUCUGACAAGGCAUUUGUUGGAAUCUGAAGAUGACCAAUUGAGUAUAACCAUUCUGGCGUGUUUGAGUCAAUUAGUCUAUGAUGACAGAAUGUGUCAAGUUCUAUGCGAUGGAUACAUUCAGAAAUUAUGGGAGCAAUUGGAGAAGAAUCUUGAUAAGAAUAAAGUUUCGUUAGCAGUGGGCCAGUUCAUACUCAUUGCCAGCUCAGCCCAUCAAUCAGCUGCAAAUGCUUUCAUAAGAGUUGGUCUAUUGGAGUGGCUUAUUGGUAAAAAGAAAUGUGAACUGAUACCAGUGUGGCAAUCAGUUAUGCAUCGACUGUUUGAAAACCAUCUAUCAGCCAAAUUCACUCUGUAUGACCGUCUGGAGUUCACCGAUGUAAUAAAGGAUAGAUUCUAUGCAUGGCGUUUGAACGAAAGUAAAGACAAUAUGUCUUUCAACGAUGUCUUUCCUUUCUAUGAAAACCUUCAUCAGCUGAGCUCUAGUACUGAAUUGGUGACAGAUACUAAUGUAAUUUAUGUGGUGAAUCUCAAUCCCAAAGAAGGCUACACUUCAAGCCCAAAGAAUUCUGUUCAGAGUAGAAGCUCCAACCAAUCGUUUGGAUCUGGAGCUAUAGGAUCGUUCAGCUCGAAAAGAAGUUCAAGUAAAAGGGUCUCAGAAGAAGAGAAAAUCAGUCGUAGAAAAAACUCAUCGAACGAAACAUCAAAGUUCGCUCUAUGUGGAGACCCUUUUAUGAGAGAAUAUGUCAAUGAACUCAAUGAAAUUUUGAAAGAAGAAGAAAAGACUGCAAAUAUUGAGGAACCGACUACUGGCAUUGGGAGAAAUGUGUUUGAUAUACAGAAUCAACUGAAAAUACUUGCACAUUUUGUUUGCAAUCAGCUAAGCGGAGCUGAUAAUAAUGUUCCUUGCACUAAACAUUACUUCGACUUGCACAUUUCUGAUCUCAAGACGGAAGUGAAAAGUAGAAUGCUCCCUCUGGGUGUACUGCGCUUGGGACUGAGCUUUGAGCGCGCUCUGCUGUUCAAGACAUUGGCCGACCAGAUGGGGUUCCCCUGUGCUCUGCAGCGGGGCAACCACGGUCACGGCUGGGUUGAGGUGGCACUCACCAGCUUCGACAAAGCGCCCACUCAUGUCGUCGACCUCAUGCACUCGCCUGGCGAACUCAUGCGGCUCAACACGCCUCACGCUCAUGAGUACAUGGCUUGCCCUAAACUCAUCACGGCACAUCCACCAUGAUCUAGCCAUCUAUCACGGCACAAAUCAGUGAGCACAUCUACCAUGUAAUCUACAAUUUUCAGAUUGAGAGGGAGCAGUUGUUUUAAAUUUGAACACGCUACUCGUAUUAAAAAGUUUCAUUCAACAUUUUUAUUCAACCGAAUUUUACAGAAAAUUGCGAAUGUGAUAUUUCAUGUUUUAUAAUUGUAAUAAAAUUUACCACAAUCAAGUUGUAUUUAUUAUUCAAUUUUUGUUUUUAUUGGUACAUUAAUAAUAUCACCAUAGAGGAAGCAUGAACAAGUAGAGUGUCAAUCACCAUGUUAAGAAUGAGGCUUGGUUUUUAAGUAUCGAUGGUGGUACUACCUGGGGCCCAAUCACUACCAGCUAAAUUUAUAAAUUUGUAUAUAGGUGGUAGUGGCCCAAUGCAUGUUAAAAUAUAAACUAUAGUCAACCGCACGAAAAAAGACCGAUGAAAAUUGGACUAGAUGAGUGCAACGUUGCCAAAUAAGAGUUGAUCAACGUUGUUCACAACUGAUUAUGAGUGAAAAUUAAUUGAUAUUUUUGUAAUGUUUACUCAUGUUUAACGAGAGAGGAGAGGAUUUGGAGGCGUAUUUCAGCAUUAAAUGAAUACAAAAGUAAACAAAUUAUAACUAUUUAUUUCCAUAUACAUGGGUAAAAUAUAAUAAUUAUUACUGUAUUUAAAGCCAGUUCAUGAAGAAUCUCAGUUUACAAAAUAUUUUAAGAGGUUAAGAACAGUCAUAAUUCAUUUUCCGAAAUUAAUUUUCAAAAACUGAGAACAAAAUUGCAUUUUUUCUUUGAAAUAGUUACUGAAAGUCAAAACCGAAGAGAAAUAAGAACAGUAAAGCAAGUUUUGAAUUCCCAUAAGUGAGCAAGAAAUUAAAAAUCUUUUCAAUAACUAAAGACAGUGAAGGUGUUUAUUUUUGUGAGCAUUAUUAAAUGGUGCCACUUUGAGUAAACAAUUUUUUCUUCUCUCAAAAGAAGCUCACUUGAUUCAUAGCCUAAACUAUAGCAGUUAUAGUGCUGAAUUUGUUGAGAGAUAUAAAAAUUUACACUAUAUAUAUUAUUAUGAUUUAGUUGAAAGAUACCAAUGAUUGAAUGGCAUCUUUAAAGUAGCAAUUUCGCCAUCAGAAACAUUCCAUUGAUGAACACAGAAUUUCAAAAUUUCAUGAAUCACAAUUAUACAUGAAGGAGAAAUAUUAAACCAAUUAUUAUAGAAAAUGAAUCCGCAACUAUGAUCAAGUUAGAAUGCACAUUUUCCGACUAUUAUAUUGUUUGCUCUAUCCAAUAAAUAAAUGAAUAGAAAUUAGUGCGAUUGUUUGUAAUUGAGUGAUUUUCAUCAUUGAUUGCAUUAGAUCUGGCAUUGAAGCAAAUAAAUUGUAUAUUCUAUACACAGUAUUCUAUAAAUAUUAUUUUGACUAGUAAAUUAUAAUACUAUAUCAUAAUAUAGUAUGGAUACAUUGAGCACUAAUUUGAGAAGAUUGACUAGUAAAUUAGCAUUUCAGUUCCAUUAUUACAUUUGAUUGAAAAGUUUUCAGGAUGACUGAUAUGGUAAAAAAAGUUCUUAAUGUCAAUAUAGGUACUGGUAUGAGUUAUAGCGUUCUCCAAAUUGAUAAUAUUCAGUGAUCAGUGAUCAUUAACGAUCACCAAAAUAAAUAUAUUGCACAAGAAUAUUUGAAAAAGACUUCUUUGUUUAUUUUACAAAAGCAGUAUAAAAUUAGUGACAGUAAGAUUUUUAAUAAGAGGCGCGUAAAUUCUUUAUAAAUGAACUGAUUGUUUCAAAUUUAUAUAAUUUUAUUUGUACUUCGUGUAUUUUUUAUUUCAAUUUGAUAAAUUAUCUUUUUAUGAGUUUGACUGCUUCAUUAAACAUCCAAUUAAAUUUUCCUCUUUUCAUUAGUUUAAAAAAUGAAAUGUCAUGCUAUUACUGGAGGAAUCUGGUUGUUCAAAACAUUCAUCAUAUUCGAUCAAUACAAUCAUAAUUUUUUUGUAAAUUUGUUUUCCGAUAGGAAAUGUCAUUGCCAAAGAAAUCAAUAUUCAACAAAAAUUAAUGUUCUCCACUCAAUAAUUGAAAAGCAAUCAUUAUAAAACCUAACCAAAAAUGUUAGUUUCCCCACUUAUUUAUUAAAAUGGAUAUUCAUUAUAAAUAUAGGUAACAAAAACUAUACACGUUUUCUAUGGGUAGACCAAUUUAAAACUAUAUUUAAAACAAAAACAAUAAAAACUAGGUGUGAUUCACCCAAAGCUGGUCUUUUUAUAUUAAAACCAUUUUCUCAAUAAAGAAAAAUGGGAGUGAAUAGAUAACAUUUGAAAAAAAUAUCAAAAUUUCAAAUAAAUCUGGUAACAAUAUAAAAAUGGUAACACGACUAUUUACGACGAAGUAAAGUCAUUUUAAAAUAAACAAAUGGAAUGAGAAUUAUCAUGUCAAAUAAUAUGAAGAUGGAAUGAGAC